AUGCCUUCAGAUAACAAGAACGAAUCAAGUUUAUCAUUUGAUUUAGUAGGAUCAGUUAUAGCAAGUACAGUACUAGCAUCAGCCACUUCAACCACUUUAAAUGCCGCAUCUCAAAGUCAUCCAAACCAAUCUUCCCCAAAUCAAGCAUCAAUCAGUUCAAAUGAUAAAGAAUCAUUAAGUUUACAAACCACUACCAUCAAUUUCAAGAACUUUGUUUCGAAGAGUGAUCCGAUCUUUUGGUUCCAAGAUCGGGUCGAAGAUAUAUUGACUUGGAAAGACGCUUUACGAACUACUUUUUGGGCUUGUUUAUGGGCUUGGUUACGUUUGUCGUUAUGUUUGAUCUCGAUCAAUCAUGAUUCAAUACUGACCAUUCUUCUUGAUCCGUUUGCUUUCUUAGGUAUCAAUCCUAUUUUCUUUAUUCUUCUUCCGAAUCUUGCGAUCAUUGCCAUCUUGCUUUCUGCAUACCCGAAAUCAAAUGAGAUCGAUUCCAAAGAAGCUGUUAUUAAUUUGAAUGAACAACAUGAUCCUUUACCAACAAACGAACCUAAGGAAGGUUCGGUCGAGUUAGUCAUCUAA